GAAAAUUACUUUUAACUUCGGUUUGUUUAUUAUCUGUGUCGGUCAUCAGCAGAUCAAGGUUCACACAUGGAGAAGGCUGUGGACUUGAGCAGAGACAGGGAGAAGGCGUCCACCACCACAUCCACUGAGGGACUGGUGUCAGCAGGGGGGCUGUCACAGACACAGUCUGUUUUACAUUUUUUUUUAUAUGUUUAUUUAAAAAUUCUGAGAUUAUUAAAUUUCACCAGAGCUGCAUUUAAGUUUUCUUUGUGAUCUCAGGUUUUCACCCCGCUCUCUCUCUGGGGUGGAGAUGCAGGCUGCGCUGAAGGGGGUCUCCUCCUCACCUAAGCCUGCAUUUCAAUCCUGCAACAGAACCUCUAGACCAGCUCCUUCCACACAGACACCUGUGGAGCCCAGUGAUGAGGAGCUGGUCCAGGCUGCUGGCGACAUGGAGGAAUAUGAACCUGAAGUGAAACAAUGAACAGGCGGGUCCUUCCACCGCCUCGCUACCUCAGAGGGUGUCCCCUGCUGGACCGGGGGAAGCCACCGACGAGGAGCUGCUGGAGGCCACGCAGGAGCGGGGAGCACCCCUGCAGCGGCUGGAUCCUCCAGAGCCACCCUCCAUGCAGGAGACCCCGUCCAGACGGGACCCUGUACCCCCUGCUGCUGAGAUGCUGCCUCAGUCCUGGAGGGCAGCGCUUACAGCAGAGCAGCAGGAGUGGAUCAGUCGGAUGCUGUUCAUCAGGGACCACCUGGGGAGGCCUCGCCUCACUACAGACCUCAAUCUGUGGUGGUUCCCUCCACAGCCCCAGCCGGUCUACCACCAGCCUCCUGCAUCCCCUGAGCCCUUCUUCGCAUGUCGGCUGUUCUUGUGGAUGCCCCACAGGAUCUGGCGUCUGCAGCUGACAUGCCCCCAGCCUUCGUGCACCGGGUCCAUGACGAAGGCUGGGCUCUACAGGACCAUCCGGAGGGUCCUGGACAUUGACGGCUGGUGCCUCAUGGCCACCGAGUACCUGGAGUGCCGUCAAUGUAAGAAGAAGGUCGCGGGAUGGUCACAGGGCAUCAUCAGGCAGCUGCCCCCCACCUACAGCUGCCAGUUUCCUGCUGUGCUCACGUACAAGCUGUCCUGUGACCAGAGGGUGGUUGGACAGCUGAGGUCUCGCACGCUUGGAAACAGUGCAACCCGGCUGUACAACACCCUGCGGGAGCAGCACUCUGAUGCCUGGAUGCGGAGAGCAAUCCACUACCUCGGCGUCUGCGAGCAGUUCCAGGCCUUGUGCUCCUCAGCGAGGUUCGCCCCGCCACCGCCCAUGCCAGCCGUACCGUCCCCGGCCUGGCUCCUCACCGUUUACGGUUAUGAGGUGGCGUUGCGGCUGGAGGAGUACAAGGCCCGCAUAACGUCCACCUUGGGGUCCAUUCUAAAGAUGGAUUCGACCAAGAAGGUGACGAAGAAGCUCGCUGGUGCCGCCGCCAACACAGCUGCCUCGGUUACCAGCGUAGGUAACGAGCAUGGCCAGGUCCUCAUGAGCAUCCUCACCUGCUCUGAGGGGUCCGAGGGCCUGAGCGCCAUGGCGGUGGAGGUGGAACGAUUCAUCCCAGGGACGUCUGCGAGUGCCAGAUACUUUCAGGCGUUCCUGGUAGACGGAGUGGUGAGGUGGAAUGAGGAUCGAGCAGCUGCUGCAGCGCCGGCGAGGGCGGCUGAGGUCAAUGCGUCUCUGCACUCCUACAGUGGCCACCUCAAACACGCCCUCAACCAGAAGUCCAAAAGGGUGCUUGGACACGAGCUGGUUGAGGAUUUCACCAAGCCCGCUGCGUACACAGGCGAGCUCAUCGGGGUGGAGUACCUGUUCCAGCAGACGGGCAGCGUGUUGGAGGAAAUUAGUGACAAUCCUGACCCUCCGGAUGAGACAGCUGCCAUCUCCAUCAUCGAGCGAGAGGAUGAGGGGAUACAGGUGGAUGAGGAGGAUCCCACCAUCUUCCCACCAAAGUCGCCCUCUUCCUCCUCUACGGCAGCCUUUCAGUCAGGUGCACCCGGGUCUGAGCCACACCCCUCCUCUCCUGGAAGCCAGGCUCCUUCUCCUCCUCCUCAGGAAUCCCACUCAGACUCGACAACCAAAGGCCGCCCACUGCUUCCAUCGAAGGAGCUGCCCUUGGUGCCGGUGGGACAAAGACAGCCCUUUGACUCUGAGCUCCCUGAGGAGCAGCCAGGGCCAUCCAGCGGGAGUCUCCCUCCUGCUCCACCACCUCCUCCAGGUUCAUCUGCUCCACUUCCUCUGGCUCCCUCUUGGCCUGUGAGUGGGCCUGCGCUGCCUAACCUUGCCCCCACCCCCUCUGCUACUCCACCACCACCUCCUCCUCCCCGUUUGCCAAGAUCAACGUUGUACAGGAGGAGGAAAUUGGCAGAAGCUGGGGAGGGGCCACAGAGGAAAAAUAAAGGGUACCUCUGCAGCAAGUGCGGGCAGCCAAAAAGACUGGACACCGGACACACCAGGGUCGCCGGUGUUUCCUACUGCGCUACAUUUGGGGGUAAGAGCGUGGAGGAGUGGAAGAAGGAGUUACAAAAAUAAAUUUAAAAAGGACCCCCAAAAAAAUAAAUAAAAAAAGGAAAAAAAAGACAUUUAAAAUAACAUGUAAAUAGUUUCUAGGUUGCAUUUUAUAGCGUUCUUGUUGUUGUGUUCAUUUCUGCUCUUUUUAUUUUUAUAAAUUUUUCAGAUCUAUUGUUUCAGAUCCAUAGCUCCAGUUAAAAAAAAAACUUGUUUCAUGGCACUUGGCAGAGAAAAUUCAAUUCAGUGUGAUUACAGGCAUUCCAGGUGAUGCUCAUCACCACUCAGUCACUCUUUUAAACCAGAGGUUCUUCCAUCAACCUAUUUUGGUAAUGCUGGGAUACUGCAACAACAAGUGGCUGUGUGCAUCUAAUACUCAUCAGGCCUGCUGGUAAACAGCACAUAAAGCAAAACGGAGCACUCCUGCACUAUUUUAUUGCAUUUCAUGGCUAUCUUUUAGAUGCAAAAUCAGUGCUCUUGUAAAUCACUGCAAAGCACUGCUGCAGCUUUGUGUAAUUAAUGUUGUAUGAACACUUCUGCACUAUCCUGCACUUUGUUCUAUUUCAUUUCAUGACUGUCUA